AUAAGUAAAGAAUAUACACAAAAAAUAAAUGAAUAUGAAGAUCCUUUUAUAGGGAUACAGUUCUAUACUGCUGAUCCAUCUUAAAACGAAAAAUGAAAUAGCAGAGCAUGUUUGUCGGAGGCUGCUAAAUAGAAAAGGCUGGCAGUGCUGAUUUAAGAUGAUUCCGCCGCGAGCAAGGCGAUGAUCAGUAGUUGUUCCACGCUUGCAGAUCUCGAACACUCGAAAUUAAGAAGAUAUUGUUUCAAGAAAGAAGCAUUUGAAGUUGUUGAUUUUGUAAGAUGAAGCAACAUUCCUGGAUUGUGUUGCGUCCCGUUUGUUUCUUCGUUCUCCUGAUACUUGUGGUGUUGUGUUUGGCUGCUCUGUUGAUCACGAUAUGGUUCAACAAGGUCGCAUCAAUCGAAAAGGAAGUGAAGAUGAUAGCACACAACAGCCAUCAACAUUUCAUAUCUGAAAUUCACAAUUCAGCUGCCUUCUUCUCUCCCAACAAUGCUUCAGCCAUCAACUUUGCCCGAAUUUUGAGUUUCUCUUUGGAUAAUAAUAAUGAUCUUCACUUCCCAAAUAUUGAAUCAAAGGUGGUUCCUGCACUAUUUCAAGCCUUUUCCACAAUACCAUACCUGUCUCAGAUUUCUUACAUUGGUUUGAAUGGCUUAUUCUUCGCAUACGGUAGAGAAGGGGACGAGCCUUAUGCAUUGUACUCGAACUCAACAUUUCCUGCAAGAAAAGAUGCAGAGAAGAAGUACACAUGGUACUUGCAGCCUGCAAAUCGCGACACAGGAAAGUUAUAUGGUGAGGCGACUAAGUUUCCUGCACCUUCACUAGUUAAAGCAAGUUGGUUGCGCGGAGCUUUGAAUAGUACAAAUGGAUAUGCCUCAGUGGGGACCGGGUGGAGAAAUCCUCCUCAAGACGUUCUGCUGCUCAACACGGUUCGUUUGGAUGGAAACGUGGUCGUGUCUUUAGGCUUUCGUAUGAGGCCUCUGAUUGAUUUCUUGGUUGUUCAAAUGGCCUUUUAUGAUGGAAGCUUGUAUUUGGCCACAACGGAUUGGGAUUUGGCCAUUCAAGGCUUGCCAAACAGCCGUGUCAUCUUAGAUGGUGGUGAUCAAGUUCUGUUUCAGCUGUCAGGUCGCGAUGAUGGCCAGCUCCGGACAGUGGGAAACAUCAGUUGCAAUGGCAAGUUGAGUGACCGUGUUUUAAGUAUUGGAGGGAAAAAGUUGAUGAUCAACUGCUCACCAGCUGUGCUUGCUGGAAUUCGAUUUGUGUUUGUGUUGGUUGUGGCACGUGAUGAGUACUUGAACUUAGUUCACAAGAACAUAUUAUUGGCCUUAGCUCUGCUAGUGAUAAUGGUUGGUGCUUUGGUGAUCCUGAUAUGCAUUUUCGUGUCGCUGAUAGUCGAAGCUGCUAGAAGGGAGAUGUUUCUAUGCGGCGCGUUGAUAAAGCAGAUGGAAUCAACCCAGCAGUCGGAGAGGAAAAGCAUGAACAAGAGCCUCGCCUUUGCAAGUGCAAGCCACGAUAUUCGUGCUUCUCUGGCAGGCAUAAGCGGCCUUAUAGAAGUGUGUCGCUGUGAAGUUACUAAGAGGGAGCCUUGCAGAUCAGAAGUGGUGGAAAAUCUGCUGCAGAUGGAAGCUUGCACCAGGGACCUUUUAGGCAUAUUGAACUGCAUUCUUGAUACAAGCAAGAUAGAAGCCGGGAAGAUGCAGCUUGAGGAGCAAGUGUUCGACGUGGAGCAGCUUCUGGAGGACGUGGUUGAUCUAUACCAUCCUGCUGGCAUGAAGAAAGGCGUAGACGUGAUCUUGGAUCCGUGUGAUGGCUCUAUCUCGAGAUGUCGUUGGGCUAAAGGUGACAGGACCAAACUGAAACAAAUCUUGAGCAACUUACUUAGCAAUGCUGUGAAAUUCACCACAGAGGGACAUGUGAGUGUUGGAGCUUGGGCAAGAAAGCCUUGCCUCAAAAAUGAAAUGCUUGGCUCCACCCAAACUAGCUGCCUAUUCAAGUUUCACAGAGCAAAGAGUGAAUCAGAAAGCUUCCAUGGUGAUCCGAACCGCAUGGAUUUCACAUUUGAGGUGAACGACACAGGAGAAGGCAUUCCGAAGGAGAAGAGAAAUUCUGUUUUUGAGAACUACAUUCAAGUUAGAGACACACAACAAGGCACUGGUCUAGGCCUCGGGAUUGUGCAGUCGCUGGUGCGGUUAAUGGGGGGAGAGAUAGGGAUCGCGGACAAGGAAGUUGGCGAGAGAGGCAGCUGCUUUAGAUUCAAUGUGGUGUUGAGUAGAGUCGAGACAGGAAGCCCGAGUGCAGCCGAUUUCUGGUUGCCCAACAAAGCCCACAGGUCGCGAGUAGUGCUGUUGUUGAAGAGCACUCAAAGGAGCAAUGUGUUGCAAGCGUUUAUGCAGAGGCUCGGGAUCAAGGUGCAGGUGGUGAAGCAGCACCAGCAACUAGGUCCCACUCUGAAGAAAAUCAAGCAGAAAAUGAUCCUAUCGAGCCACAGCUAUAGCUCUUCCAGCUCGCGAUCAGUCCCUUUGAGCAGCCUCGACGGCAUUGAUCAAAACAAGCAGUCCGGAUUGGUGCUGAUGGUGAUGGACACGCGCGCGGGGCCCUUGGCAGAAAUGAGCGGUGCAAUUGCCGAUUUCAGAAGAGAUCUCAGCAGCAGCUGCUAUACUAGGGUGGUUUGGCUGGAUUCAGCCACCGCGCAUUUUGAUGUGGACGAGCUCGCAGCGCCGGAUUUGGUGAUCUCUAAGCCGUUUCACGGAUCGCGUUUGUAUCAGACGAUUGCUCUUCUGCCGGAAUUCGGCGGCGUGCCUCCGAGAAGGGGAGGGGUUUCAGUCGAUGAGAGAGAGGAGGAGGUCGGGAAGCCGCUGACGGGGAAGAAGAUCCUCGUGGUGGACGACGAUCCCGUGGGGCGGAAGAUAGCCACGUUUGUGGCUUCUCAGCUCGGCGCCGCGCCUUUCUGCUGCGAGAACGGCGCGGCGGCUUGGCGGAUCAUCUGCGAGAGCCUCCGCGGCGGCGAAUCGGCUCGUUUCGAUUGCGUCUUGAUGGACUGUGAAAUGCCGGUGAUGGACGGAAGUGAGGCGACGACGAGGAUUAGAGAAGCGGAGGGUGGUUACGGCGUUCGAACGGCGAUCGUGGCGUUGAGUGCGCACAGCAAGGGAGAGGAGGUGGAGAAGAUGAUGGAGGCAGGGGUGGACGGCUACAUCACCAAACCUCUCAACACUCAUAAUCUUCUCAAGGCUCUAUCUUCACUCAUUACCAAAAUCUAAGAAUUGAUGAAGCUUUAGAAAAUAGAUUUUUGAUUUGCGGAAGAUUUUUGGUUCGUGAAGAAUUGAUCGCAAUUGUGGGAUUUUGGUUUGAUACGUAGCUUAUGUUUUUUUUUUUUGAGGAAAAUGAUACGUAGCUUAUUGGUUUGGAUAAUUUUGGGUUUUGCCGAGAAAUUUUGAUUUGGAAACGACGACUGCCAUCAUCAAGGGGAUAAUUUUUAGUUUUGGUUUGGACUUCGGAGCCAUGGUGGCCCCAAUUAGCAUUGCUAACAUUUUUUUUUCUUAUUUUUAAUGUUUGUGCA